AUGGCAGACCAUCAUGAUGACUUAAGCGUUCCAGCUGCGACAAAGGGCAGUGGGCAUCGUGGUGUGUUGGACGGUCCCACUGUCCUUGAUGGAUCUGGUGUUGAAGAAACGAUUGUAGCUGAUAUUGCCAGCGAUUCUCAUUCUCCAGGAAGAGAUGGGGGAGGUCUCGAUAUCCCUGGUGAAUCAGAUGCCUCUGGUGACUCCGACGAGGGAGGCCCAGUGGAGCUGGAUGGUAAUGGCCGUCAAGAUGCCACCAUUGAAGCCCAGUCUCAACUCAAGAGGCCCAAACACGCAACUUCCAGAAAUGGCCGCACACUUUCUCCUCGUGAGGCCGAGAAGAGACGUCAAGAAUACUACAAUCACAAGAACGAAGUUUAUCACCCAGAAAACGCUGCGCAAGUACUCAGUCUCUUUGGUGGCAAAUCGUCACCCAGUUCUGUGGGAUCUCGUCCAGAAGAUGUUCACGCUUGGGCUAUAGCAGAUUCGAAGAAACUCGCCAGAUCAAACAGCACCAAUCCCAACCCUAUUCUUCCAUGGAUCCGUAUACGUCUGUAUGAUGGAUCAAGUGUAUCCAGAACAAGAGACAAUGCGGUCGGCAUGUUGUCUGGCUCUUCUUUGCCUCUCAAUACAUACUCAAGACGCCGAUAUUGGAUAGAGAGACAUGUGAACUGGGGUAGCCGCAAGAAGACACCAUUCAUUUCGUGCACCAGUAACAUAAGCCAGCUUACCAGGUGGUGGUGUCUCCGCCGAUUUCGAAGACGAUGCCCUUCAAAAAUACUCGACACGAAGGUCGAUAUCAUCAAUGUCUAUGCGACACAAGCUGCAGGGUAUCCAGUCUUAAGAUUGAAGGAUGAAAGGGCUUACUACGAUGUAACCUAA